AUGAUGCCGAUUACGAUGCCGGCGAAACGUUUGAAAAUGUACCAAUGUCUGAUGCUGAGAAUCAUGACAACUACAAUGGCAGACGACUUUGGACUGGAUGCGUUCUACAUAGUCGCCUUGACAACAAGACCAAUUUGCGACAACGAGGUCAACCCACUUCUUAUUCGGCAUGUUUUCAUCGGGGCAGAGGGAGAUUGCCUCGAGAGCAUUGCCAACCAAAAAAGUGAACAAUGGAUCUCUGCCUUUGGUUGUUCUAGCCAGACGCCUUUUAUGCGCUCCGAUGUUCAUGUAAACACGUACAAAGCGACAAGCGAGCCAUUUUACGUAUUCAAGCUCUCGACAUUUCAUAUUGCUCCUCUUUACUCACUCAGUUGUCUGCCUCUUAUCUCUUCAACAUUUUCUAAUUUACACUCCGAACCAUCAUCUUUGCGACCAACCCUAUGCCUGUUCAGAUACUUUACCUACUUUGUGGCCUCGGAUGUCUGGGACUACAACUUUCCGAUUCUCUUCGAUGCGCCAUGCUCACGAUUCAACUUUUGCUCAUGCCUUGUAAUUCAUUCUCUUCGUUCACACAACCGGUUUCCUGCAUUCAAGUCGGCUGACCCGCCGAUGCUCUGGCUCUGGCGCUACUUGGCGGCCGACCUCUGCCCCACAGACCUCGCGCUCUUCGACUUGGAUCAAGAUGUGGCCAGAAGUCGACAGCUACUGUCCCGAUAUGCAGCCUACACACACUAUCGGUCUCGAGGUUGGUUCGUCCGUCCGGGGCUUAGAUUCGGCGGCGCCCAUUUUCUUCUCUACUCAGAAUCGCCGACUCGUCGACAUGCCGCCUUCUGCGUUCUCGUCGAUUGCGUGGCAGAUGACCCCGUUAUGUGUCCGGCUUUACAUUCUAUUCCCUGCAACAUGUUGAUCACAGAAAUCGAGCAAGCUGAAGCAGCUUUUGACAGGUCCAACUCGUCGGGCAGCGAAAACCAACCUCCGCCGACUCUCGACGCGCCGGAUUCCUCAAGACCUGACGAGAAGCGGCUUGGUUUAGAAAUGAUUCGGGUCUGCACCAUGCUCAGAGUAGCUGGCAGUGUUGGCAAGGUACCUGCAGGCAAUGAAACAGAAAUCGGCAUCACAAUAGCCAUCAGCAGCUCAAGUUUGCUGUUGUUGGCUGUACGUAGAAUGGCCAGACGCUUAAUUUACUUUGCAUAG